ACUGGAGGGAAUGACUUGACAUCCUGCAUUUCAACAGAGGAUCCUGUGGCAGCUAAAGUCUGCAAGACGUUUGCCUACUGCUUGCUUCUUGUAGUGUCACUUAUCGGAAACACUUUGAUCAUCAUGGUAGUUUAUCGAGACGACAAAAUGAAAACCACUACAAACUUGCUAAUCGUAAAUAUGGCCAUUUCCGACCUACUUGUUCCAAUAUUCGCCGUGCCUCGGGCUAACGUCGAGAUAAUCUUCGGAAAUCACCGAUGGCUUAUCGAUGGCGCAUUCGGAGAAGCCCUUUGCAAACUGACGGCAUUCUUUCAAGACAUCUCUACGCUUGUUUCCGUUCAGACCUUGGUAGCAAUCGCUGUGGACCGUUUCUACGCUGUUUGGUUCCCACUAAAAGCUCUGCGAAUCAAACCUAGAGUGAAAUACGUUAUUUUACUCAUCUGGUCAAUAUCAAUAGUUAUUCACGCCCCCUAUCUCUACGGAUUCCAGAUUGGCACUCUUAGCGACGGUAAAACAUCCUGUUAUCUGGGUUGGUCAAGAGAUGUUACAAAAAUCGUCCUCUUAGUGCUGAUAACAUUAAAUUAUGUGAUACCGCUGCUCCUGGUAACAACUUUCUAUGGUUUAAUAGUACAAAAGCUGAGGAAGCAAACACUUCCUGGGGUGCGAAAUUUAGCGGUUCACUUUAGCCGCCGCGAAAAGAGAAAUCGCAAUGUACUCAAGAUGUCUUUAGCUAUUGUGGUGGUAUUUUUCGUUUCAAUGUCACCGUUUGUAGUGUAUUUAUCAAUUGAACACUUCAGUCCCGAAGGUUCAGUUUGUCCUUCUAAGAACUUUCGCUUUGUAACUCAGUAUUUAGUACAUAGUAAUGGCGCCUUGAACUUUUUCGCCUACUUUAUCUUCAAUCAGAGCUACCGUCACGGUUUCCUAAUAAUUAUUUCACGAGUUUUCGGCGCUUCUCCUUUUCGCUGUCGCUAGAAAAGAGAAGUGGUGAAACUAACUUCACCCCCUAUCAGACGAGAAUCGAAUCGCAAUUAUCAAAGAAAUUAUUAACAAAGGAAUGGACUUAGAUCAAAAGGACGUUGCACUAACUCAGCUGCACUCACUACACGAAACUGAGCGAAAGGAAGGGACAAAUGGAACUAAGGACAACAUCUGAACAGUCCUUUCAAUCCAGGCUCUCAUUAUGAAUCUCAAUUCUUAACACUUUAACAUCAUUAUGCAUAUCGGCUCCAUACUGUUCUCCAUACAUUUCUUAAGGUGC